AUUAAAGCUGAGAAUUAAAAUAAUAAUAAUUUGCAAGCUAUUUAAGUCGUGCAACAAACUCUGUCCUAACAAAAAAGACAGCAGUCCCUUAGAAAAUCGCACUUUUUGUUCAAUAUUAGCACUUUGAAAGUCAAGCUUUCUAAAAAUUUGUAAGCGUGCUCACACUGUGUUCUUGUAACACCUCAUUGAAUCUUUUGUGCGGUGUAUGCAGUGAAGUGAAUCGAAUCUGGCAUAUUUGGAGGCGUAGCAUACUUGAUAUUUGAAUGUAAUCGCCGCUUGAAGGACUGAGGUCAUCGUUUUCCCAGGAUAUUGCGAAAAACGUGAGUCAACAGAAACUAUGUCAACCGAUCGAUUUACUUUUCCAAUCGACGCCUUUGCUUCGCGUCACGUAAAAGUCGCCGAAAUGGAAUAGUUGUGUGGUGACAAACUGUAACGAGAGCAAUUUAGGACAUGUCGUGGGGUCGUGAACAUUAUUUCUGAAUUACAACUGGUAACAUUUCAAGCUCUACGCGAAACCGUCUUAAGUUCAUAGGUUGGUCAAAUAGUUCGUUCUAGUUACAUGAUCCGCAAGAGAGACUCUAAAUAACUACACGUGUACCCCUGGGAUACAGAGCAAACCAAAAAUCUGGCGCCAUCGUAGUGUCAAGAAGGACUAAGUUCCUUACAGAUGGCUACUUUGAGCAAUAAUACGAACCUAAGUCACGAACGUGCGGGUACCCAAAUUCACGAUGAAGGAUUCAAGAUCGCCAUCAUAACAUGUCUCAGUGUCGCUUCUGUGGUGGGACUUUUUGGUAAUGGACUUGUUGUCGCUGUUAUCCUAAAAGCGAAAAAGAUGCGGUCUGUGAUGAACCGCUUUAUACUUCAUCUAGCGAUCAGCGAUUUGAUUGUAAGCACUGUCGCUAUCCCAUUGUUUUUGGUGAUCAACUUCAAAGAGGGCAUCGGAAUGAAAAGCUAUAGUAGGCCCAUUUGUAAAGUCACAAGGUUCUUCCAGUACUUGUCGCCCGAAGCGUCCAUGACUUUACUGAUCACAAUCGGAUGGAAUCGCCACCAAGCUGUGGUGCAUCCUUUAAAUAUCAUGUCAUAUGGCACAGCAAAUAAGCUGAUUCUAGGCUCUUGGGUUUACGCGCUUCUCGUCAUAUCUCCAAGCCUUUAUUUGACCGAGUUAAAGGACGCACCUCUAGCUCCCUACACCAACGAGACCUUCACCUACUGUGCUACCAUUCCUACAACAAUUUCCGGUCUUAUUUACGUGAUGUUCCUCGGGUUGUUUGGGUAUCUGCUCCCUUUGGUUACCUUAAUCGUCCUCUACGGAAAAAUCUACCGGACAGUUUGGAGAAGGAAAAGUGGCCAGCUGGGAGAUUCACGUCCUGUGGAGGCUUUCAUCCGCAGCCGUAAGAAAGUACUGAAAAUGUUCCUCACGGUUAUUCUAGUUUUUCUUGUCACCUGGCUGCCGUUGUUGAUUUAUAUCAGUGCAAUUGAAUGGACCGUGAAAAGUACUACGAAUCAUGUGGAUUAUGUGCGUCUGAUCACCUAUUCGUUGGGACUGUGUAACAGCAUCUGCAAUCCGUUUAUUUACGCGCUUUUUAACGAGAAGUUUCGAGCCGGUUGCAAGGACAUGUUCGCGUGGAGUGUAAACGCAGUGCAACGCGGUAAGAAAAGCCCGCGCGGGGAAAACGCGGUGGCAAACGCGGCUAGGCGGAUGCAAGAGCCACAGAAUGUGUUUACCAGACGUGGCGGUUUUCACGGAACGAAGGGAGAUGAAAAGAAAAAACAGAAUAAUUCUUCCAAGAAGGAAGAGGAGGCGUCGAAAGAGACAAGCCUAAGUAGUUCCUCGUCGGUUAAAAAAAUUAUUGGGCGGCGUUUGAGAUCGCUCACUGAUGUUGACGCUCAUAAACGCUGUAGCUCGACAGAAGUGAUUGAGUUAGUAAGCUAUAAAAAGACGGUAGAUCCUGACCAAGUCUUCAUUGAAUUUCCGCAAUCGUCACCGAAAAAACCUCGAGCAAAGAGCGGCGAUAGCUUUGUUCGAUUUACAAAUGAGGGAUUUUCAACCAACGUGACUAAUGUCUCAGUGACUCAAAAGGUUGAGAAAUCAAAAGUCGGAUAUAACAUCCUGAGCGAAGAUCAUUGUUCCCCUAUUGCAGAAAAGAGAGCUAGAACAAAGAGCGAUAGCUAUGAUUAUAAGAAAACCAAGCUAGGUUUCCCGGAGCAAAGAAUUCUCAGUGUGCCUGCAGCGUUUCGCUAACUUGUUUUGGCCAAAAACUGCCGUGAGGACUGUACUUUGGAAAUGAAAACCUCCAUCGUCGAUUAGAAAUGAGCAGCAAACUGAAACGAUGGACACGAUUUAUUACCAAUAUCCGAUAAAGCUGUGAAAAGGAUAGCCUUGAGAAUGGUUUAUAUUAGAGCAGGUUCAUAUGGCUCAAUUUUUUUUGUUGAUAUUUACCAGCUGUCGGUUGUAGGUGCAUGGAAAUAAACAUUUAAUGACUUUUUUUCGGCCUGAGAUCGUUAGAGAUCAGAUCUUUGCUUUUCUUUUGAUGUCCAGAGAGGGUCCGGAGAAUAGUAAGAGCGGAUUACAAAAGGCUUAUCUAGCUGAUUUUGAUAAAUAUGGUUAUUUGUCCAGCUGCUAUUUUUAAAUCUGUUUCCUUUAAACGCGAAAACAAAGCGAUUCUCGUUGCUAUAGGGUAGAUAAAAAAUAAUCGCGGGGUCCGAAUGAGCUGAUUUUUAACAUUUUGUUCGAACGUAUAUCAGUUUGACGCUUUCAGUUGCUAAAACGUUUAUUUUACUGCCGACGUCAAUAGUGAAAGCUGUUAAACAACUUCAUUAUUAGCGAAUUAUCUACCGUUGAUCUUGUAAGGAAAGGUCCGCUGUGUUUUCGCGAAAGCUGUCGUUGAUUAGUCAAAAACUUAGCAGUAAAUUUUACAGUUACCGCUUUGUUUCAUGUUAUGCCGUUUUAUUAUAAUGAAGUUUAAAAUAAUUUCCCAGGACAGAUAAAAAUCAACUGACUUUUUCCAAUGGCAUCGAAUAAUUAUGAUUCAGUUAGAAUCUUCGUAAUAGGGGACGGAAAUGAGUGUUUGGCAUUAACCAUUAGUUUAAAAUUAUUCCUUAUUGUUUUGAGGCUGUGGAUAUUAUAGUGACAAUCUUUCCUCAAGCAGAUUGAGGUCGCCAAUAUUUAAAUUUCUUCCUGUGUGCAUUUGAUCAUUUUUAUUUUUAAUCCUUUGUCGAUACACGUUCAAGAGAAGAUCAUUCCUAACAUAAUUCACCCAAAGUGCACUUAACGCAGUAAUUACUAAGUGAAAACCUUCCAAUGUUUUGCACGUAACUAAAUCAGAAGUCGUUUAAGUUGAAAAAAAAAAAGGCCAAGUAGUUCUCCAAAGAUUUGCCAUAUCAAUUAAUCAAAUUGUAGUUCUGGUUCAUUCUGAACACAAUAUUUGGAGAUUGGAAAUAUAGGUUUUGUAGUUAGAUGUUUACCAUUAAAGUUCGUCUCUAUGCCAACGAUACUUUUAGGGUAGGAUCCAGUUUAACGAAAACUAAAGAAAAAAAUUUAAAUAAGUUUUAUUUAAGGUAGUAAAACCUUUUAGAACCAAGAUGUUGUCGAAACUUUUCUAUUGUAAUAAUAUCACUGUUGUAGAGUCGGGAAAUAAAUAAAACUCAAAUAUUGCCUCUGUA